AUGUUGGAACUCCCCGAUACGCACCACCGCGAAGUACAGCCAACUCCCGCCGACCCGGACGUUGAACUUGGCGGGGCCGACGUGGCCAACGAGGGCCUUGGAGCGGAACCAGAAGAGGUGAGCUCCCAUCAAAUAUCAUCACCCCAGUCUCAUCCACUUCUCCCUACGCGCCGUCCCUCGUCGCUCCACUGA